CUGAGUCAGGGUGUCUGGGGUCAGAUCUCCACCACUCACGUCCUCCAGCUGCGGCCAUGGCUUCCAAGUGCCACAAGGCCAGCUUCUCCUCGGGGUCCCUCAAGAGCCCUGCAGGGGCGGCCUCGGGCUCUACCCGCGUGGCCACCAUGUACUCCAGCAGCUCCUGCAAGCUGUCCCAUGGGCCCCGCAGCUUCUCCGUGUGCCCGGCGGGGCUGGGCAGAAGCAGCUACGGGGCUGCCAGCUGCCUCCCUGGCCCCUACUUCCCCACCGGGAGCUUUGCUACCAGCUACAGCGUGGCCGGGGGCAGCUGGUUCGGGGAGGGUGAGCUCACGGGCAGUGAGAAGGAGACCAUGCAGUUCCUGAACGAGCGCCUGGCCAGCUACCUGGAGAAGGUGCGGCAGCUGGAGCGGGAGAACGCGGAGUUGGAGGGCCGCAUCCGGGACUGGUGCGAGCAGCAGGUGCCAUACAUGCGUCCUGACUAUCAAUCCUACUUCCAAGCCAUCGAGGAGCUGCAGAAGAAGAUCCUGAGCAACAAGGCUGAGAAUGCCCGGCUGGUGGUGCAGAUCGACAAUGCCAAGCUGGCUGCUGAUGACUUCAGGACCAAGUACGAGACUGAGCUGUCCCUGCGGCAGCUGGUGGAGUCGGACAUCAAUGGCCUUCGACGCAUCCUGGACGAUCUGACCCUGUGCAAGUCCGACCUGGAGGCGCAGGUGGAGUCACUGAAGGAGGAGCUGCUGUGCCUCAAGAAGAACCACGAAGAGGAGGUGAACUCCCUGCGCUGCCAGCUCGGUGACCGGCUCAACGUGGAGGUGGACGCAGCCCCGCCUGUGGACCUGAACCGCGUUCUGAAUGAGAUGCGGUGCCAGUAUGAGACGCUAGUAGAGAACAACCGCCGGGAGGCUGAGGACUGGUUUGACACCCAGACUGAGGAACUGAACAAGCAGGUGGUGUCAAGCUCAGAGCAGCUGCAGAGCUACCAGGCAGAGAUCAUCGAGCUGAGACGCACGGUCAACGCCCUGGAGAUCGAGCUGCAGGCCCAGCACAGCACGAGAGAUGCUCUGGAGUCCAGCCUGAUGGAGACUGAGUCCCGCUACAGUGCCCAGCUGGCGCAGGUGCAGCACCUGAUCAUAAAUGUGGAGUCGCAGCUGGCGGAGAUCCGGGGUGACCUGGAGCGGCAGAACGAGGAGUACCAAGUGCUGCUGGACGUGCGGGCGAGGCUGGAGGGCGAGAUCAACACGUACCGGGGACUGCUGGAGAGUGAGGACAGCAAGCUCCCCUGCAACCCAUGUGCCGCUGACCUCUCACCCUCUAAGUCCUGCCUGCCCUGCCUGCCUGCGGCCUCUUGCAGCUCCGUCACUGCCCGCACCACCGGCAGCCCCCGCCCUGUCUACGUGCCCUGCUCUGGGGGCCGCUUCUGAAAGUGGCUGAGCUGCAAGGCCCAGGCCCCAUUGGAGCUGGCUUCUACUCACCCCAACACACAGCUGACUCCCCGCUCUGUGCAGCUGCAGAUCUGAGCUGGUGUUUCGGAGCCGGGCGCAAAGGCGGCUGCCCUGAUGGCUCCAUUCUGGAGCCUGGAGCCUGGUGAUCAGUGGCGUGGGGUCUCUGGUGUCUGCCAGAUUCUGGUCAAUCUUGCUUCCUGCAUGUUCCAGAAGACUCUCAGAGGCGGCACAGGGCUCCUGAGGGUGGGAUAAUAAAGUGCUUUUGUCCCAUG